ACAUAUGUCCCCCCUCCGAAGUGUUAUGUCAAGUUAUCCUAUAUUUAGUUAAUAUAUAAAAAAUAAGUACAUUGCUAUAUACGCAUUCAGUUUGUUUUCAGGCAUAAUAAUAAAAACGUUUUAUAUCUUUGAGUUAAUGAAUUAACAAUUUUGUCUAAAUACUAAUAGAUAUAACGUAAUAAUCAUCUUCUUCCCUUAAUAAUUCACGUUGAGUUGUCCCAAGUCAUGAGAAAAAUUACAGCCAACUGCGCAUGUCACAAUCAAUCAAAGUAACUAGUUUAAUUCCUUUAUCAUGUGCUGACCUCAAUGUGAAAAGUUUAAAAAUAACCUCCGUCUUCCGACAAAGACGCAAUACCUUUAAUGUAAUAAGAAACAAUAGAAAUUUAAUAAAACUAAGUAAAUGAAAGACAAUCGAUGUAUGCGCGCGCAUCUUCAUGCAUGGCUUCUCAGUUGCACUAGGAAAGGUUUUACCGUCGACUCUUAUAACGAUUUUCAUUACAUUACUACUUAAGGAUUGCAAACAGCAUAGCCAUGGUUGGUGGUGCAGUAAUGGAAACCUCUCUGUAUAACAAAAAGCGUCAAGUGGAUACAACAGUUCUAGAAAUAGAAGUGCAUCUACACGUUAAGGUAGAUGUAGUAUAAGUUCACUGAAAAGGGAUGCAUUUAGUGAAAUUGCAAAUGCGCCAAAAGCAUAUCGAUCUAUUCCUGAAAGAAGUGUAUUGUUUUGUAAUAAGUUGUGAAAUUGUGUUGAUAUUUGAAAACAAUAAAAUAGUGAAAAUGAAUAGUCCAUAAAAUAUGAGUCAACUAAUAUUUAGGUGUAUGUAAAAUAGCAAAUAAAAUAAACUUAAGUAUCAAGAAGAAAGUGCAAGAUUUAUAGGUCCAGUUACCUGGACCAAAGGGUUGCACUGCUCCUGUAAUGGAGAAAAGUGGCCGUUUUUCAGAGUACCUGUUCGUGAAGAUGGGCCCAGGCGAUAGGGGCCCGAAGACCACAGAGGAUCGAUCAGCACCCAUUGAUCAUUCCGGCGUCAAAAAAUGGCUUUUAGACAAUACCAUGCUCGUAGUUACAUUGGCGGGUGUUAUAACUGGAAUUGCUAUUGGUUUUGGUCUUCGCCCCUACCACCUAGGUCCAGAUGCAUUGAUGAUAAUAUCAUAUCCAGGAGAGUUAUUUAUGAGAUUAUUAAAGCUAAUGAUUUUGCCUCUUAUCAUUGCUAGUCUCAUUGCUGGCUCAGCAAGCCUUAACGCUAAGAUGAGCGGUAAAAUUGCAAUUCGGACACUACUUUACUUUAUACUAACCUCAAUGUUUAAUGCAUUCCUCGGUAUACUUUUGUCAGUUAUGAUUCAUCCAGGGAAGCCGGAGUUAAAAGACGACUUUGGUACGUCUUUUGAAAAUAAAAGAGACCAUAGCAUUCUGGACAGUCUGCUUGAUAUUGGCAGAAACAUUUUUCCGGACAAUAUUGUUCAAGCUGCAUUCCAACAAGCACAUACAGUAUAUGCGGAACCGAAGACAUUAUUUGCUAAAAAUGCGACUGAAAAUGGCACUGAGCCAGUUCUUGUUCGUGAUAUUAGCUACAGAUCUGGUACAAACACUUUGGGCUUAGUAUUUUUCUGUCUUGUAUUUGGAAGUUUGUUAGGGACACUUGGGCCGAAAGGCAAAGUUGUUAUUGACUUCUUCCAAGCCAUCUUUGAAGUAAUUAUGAAAAUGGUCACUGGUGUAAUGUGGUUCACUCCUGUUGGGGUCAGUAGCGUGAUAGCUGGAAAGAUUCUUGGUGUAAGCAAUGUUGGCCAAGUUAUGUCCCAACUAGCGUGGUUUAUCGCAACAGUCGCAGUUGGGAUAUUUCUUUACCAACUUAUAGUUAUGCAGUUAAUCUAUUUUAUUUUCUUAAGAAGAAACCCGUAUAAGUUCUAUUGGGGACUAUCUCAAGCCAUGCUUACCGCGUCAGCUACGGCUUCCACGGCUGCAGCUCUCCCAGUAACCUUCCGUGCUAUGGAAGGUCCGUUGAACAUUGAUUCACGCAUCACUCGUUUCGUCCUUCCUAUCGGUUGUAAUAUAAACAUGGAUGGCACAGCAUUAUUUCUGGCCGUUGCUAGCGUCUUCGUAUGUCAGAUGAACAAUUUGCACCUUGGAUUCGCCCAACUAGCUACUAUAUUUCUAACAUCGACGGCAGCGUCAGUGUCUUCGGCUUCAGUGCCGUCCGCAGCGAUGGUGCUGUUAUUAGUCGUUUUAGCGGCGGUUGACGCACCGACACACGAUGUAUCUCUGCUAUUCGCUGUGGAUUGGCUUGUUGACCGCAUCCGAACGACAAACAACAUGCUUGGAGAUUGCUACGCUGCGGCUGUUGUAGAGAAACUUUCCAAAAACGAACUCAUGGCCUGUGAUGCUGCUUCUAUGGACCAAUCUCUUCCCAAUGGUUUGCCGACAUCAAACACUGAGCUAGAAAUAGGUAUAGUAACGCCCGGGGACAAGUCUAUAGCAUCGGACGAUGUUAUUAUUGAUAUGCAUUUACAUAAUACUAAUAGAUUAUAGAUCCUGUUUUAUAAGGGCCUUUACGUUAGACUGUCAUUUAGACUACUAUUCUCAUUGUAAACUGUUAAGAAUAUAAUAUGUUAGGCAUUUGUAACUGUUUUAGAUUUAACUAAGAUUUGAAAGUUUUCUAAGUCAGUUUUGGACAUUCGUAAGCUUAUAAACGUAUCCUUAGUAACAGUUUUGAUUGUCUUUGUUACGUUAGAAUAAUUUUCAUUCAUAACAAAUCAACGAAGAGUAUGUAAACUGUCAGAUUUGACAAAAUGAGCGACAGUAUUAAUAGUAAUAGUAUGAAAAUAACAAUUAAUAGUGUCACAUUCUUACGAGUAUACCUUUAAAACUGUGUUUUGACAUGUGUUUUUUUCGGUGAGAUAUUAUUAUUUAUGUCUAGUUGUAGGCAUUUAUUUAAUAUGUAAGCACGUACACUGGCAUCUCCUAGCUAGUUUUGUAAACACUGUAUUUAUUGUCAAUUUGGUUAGUAUUAUAUAAAUAUGAAAAUUAUUUAACCUCCCUAUAUACUUGUAUAUUGGUACUUCUAUAACUUUGAACAACUAUCGGGAUAUGUUAUAAUUGGUGCUAAAUUUAUCAAAUUAUAAUUUAAUUUUUGUAUCUGUUUGAUAAUAACCGUAAUUCACUCGUAUGACGUAGUUUUAGAUCCAACUGUGAUAUCGGGUCUGUUGUGUUCUCGGUCUCUCGAUACGGAGACAGUAGCAGGUACUAUCAUAACGACCUAAAUACAUAUAAUAUAGGGUCUUCACUAUUUUUCAAUUGAAAAUAAAACCAAUAUCAAAUUGUA